AACACGUCCCACGGAAAUAGGAAUCAAGCGGUUUCCAGUUUCUCCUUUUGAAAUUUGCACAGAGACAGAUUUUACCACUUUCGAUUGACAUCGUCGCCACUGUUCCUCAUUCCCAAUUUCUCUCGACAUUUAGGGUUUUGAUUCUGGAAGGGGAGAUCAUUUCGCACGAGUUCCUCUGGGUCAACCGGAUCGAUGUCCGCAUCAACGGUGUCGAUCACCGCUAACACGGCGGCGGCCGCUCGCCGGACUCCAGUUAUCUCCGGAGAGAAGAAAUCCAACCUCGAUUUUCUGGCGAGCGAGUCUCUGGCGAAUGGAGGUGUCCGGGAAACCGCCGGUACGAGCAGGGAUCUGAUCCGAGCUGAGGCGGUCGUGGAGAGAUCUCCCAGCAAUUCGGUUCCGGUUAUCAGGAAGACGGCCUCCGCCGCCACGGGGACCAACGCUGCCACCACCACGCAGCGGCGGACGCGCAAGGUCGCGACGCCGAAGCCGCCGGAGAAGCCGCGGUGGAAGAGGGUGUUGAGGGUCUUCGCGAAGCAGCUUUCGGUUCUUUUGUUACUCGCUGGGUUGAUUCAGGUGGCCAGGAAGGUGAUUCUGAGGGAUGCGAAUACUUCUCCGCCGUCUUCUUUUGGGUCGGAGAUCGCAUUCUCGGAAUUGGAGGGCCGAAUCGCGGAAGUGGAUGGUUUUGUGAAGACUGCAACGAAGAUGAUUCAGGUCCAGGUAGAAGUUCUCGAUAAGAAACUGGAUAAAGAAGCAAAAGCACUGAGGCAGACGAUCGAUGAGUCAACUUCAGCAUUGAAGACCGAGCUGAAUAAGAUAGAGUCUAGUUUCGACAGGUUAGAGAAGUCAGUUGAUGAUCUGAAUGCUCAAACUUGGGUGUCCAAGGAUGAAUUGGAGCGGAUUUACGAGGAAUUGAAGAAGGAUAAGGAUGACGAGUCUGCAGUUGAUGACAUAAACCUCGAUGAAGUGAGGGCAUAUGCUCGGGAUAUAGUGGAGAAAGAGAUAGAGAAGCAUGCUGCAGACGGCCUUGGUCGUGUAGACUAUGCAUUGGCCUCGGGUGGUGCUUUCGUGACCAAACAUUCGGAACCUAAAGGGAGUAACUGGUUCGGGACAAAUCGGGUCCAUACCAUUGCCAAUAAGAUGUUGUCUCCCAGUUUCGGGGAGCCGGGCCAGUGUUUUCCUCUGAAAGGAAGCAAUGGGUAUGUUCAGAUCAGGCUAAGGGCACCAAUCAUACCAGAGGCUGUAACUUUGGAACAUGUUGCUAAGAGUGUGGCAUACGACAGGUCGAGCGCUCCAAAAGAUUGUCGAGUAUCGGGAUGGUUCCAUGGGCAGGACAUGGAUUCUGGGGUUGAGACCGAGAAGAUGUUGCUUCUGACAGAGUUCACUUAUGACCUAGACAAGUCGAACGCACAGACGUUUGAGGUUGCGGACUCGGCUCGUGGCUCGGGACUCGUUGACACUGUCAGGCUGGACUUCACUUCCAACCACGGCAACGGUUACCACACUUGCAUCUACCGUUUCAGAGUCCACGGCCGCACCGAAACAGAGGCCAUCUCCGUCCUGCCAACCGAAGCCUGAUUUCAAACACUUCCAUGGCCCCUCCUUUUUCUGUAACAUUCCUUUCUUCUCUCUCUCUCUCUCUCUCUCUCUCUCUCUCUGCUGUGAUUAGGGUUUUCUUGGUUGUGAUCUUUAUAUUUCUGCGUUACCUCUUUUCUUUAUUGUUGGAUUAGGCAAACACAAUUGGAACGUUUCAACGUUUUGGAAAAUGCCCAAGUUUUAAGAGUUUCUCAGCCAA